GUCAGUGAAGAAGCGUGUGCUGUGGAGCCCUAGAAACCACGACCAAGUCGUAUGGUAUUUCCGUUUGUAAUUGGUGGGUGUCCUCAGUAAUUUCAUUAUUAAUUUCUGAGUAUCAUUGGCGAGUAUAUCCAAGACAUUGGCUGAUUUUAUAAUACUCAAAAUGUGCGUAAUCGCAGCAGUUAGGAGCCAGCAAUAGUGGACCUCAGUAGACCAUGCAACAUGUCGUCAUAAUAGACAGGGAAAGAGUGCACAUGGUAUGCGGCCUCAAGACACGCGCUCUUAGCCUUGUGGAUUGUCAUAAAAGGCAUAUUAAACAACCUAGAUGAGCAGCUUUUUCUCCUGAUUUCAUUUGCACCCUUAAAGACUGUGUGGACACAGCUUUUGGUUCUCGGUGUACAUGGCUCUCCUGGUUAAUCUUCAACCCUAUCAAGUUCUGCCCUUUGCUUUCAAGUGCUCGCUUUGGUUUCUUUUUCUGUUUUCUACUGAAAGUACAGUAGUUUCUUUGAUGCAAAGUGCCAUCUUGAUGCACGGUUAGCACACAUGUGCACGUUAUGCCCGUCUCUGUAGCAGACUGUGGUGCCCAUAUAGGAGACGCAUUGCUGUGCUGUCAUCCGAGGAAGUUGUCUAAUCUUAGCUGUAACCCACACCUCCCUUCAGCGUGGAGGGCACUUAUAGGUGGCUUCCUGCGGCGCGGUGCUUCCAGACCCUUCUGCUACCUGUGAUGGUCUCGAUGGGAUAUACUGGAAACGUAACAGGUGGAUAUGUGCGACCAGCUGAUGGAGUGUCACCCCUUGGAAUUUUGGGGAAAAUCAAACAGAGGUGCUAGUGCAGAUGAUGACAGGGAUUCUGCUGCACCAUACUACUUGGAGACCCCUUAUGGUUUUCAGCUGGACCUAGACUUCCUCAAAUAUGUGGAUGAUAUUGAAAAGGGUAACACCAUCAGGAGGCUAAACAUUCAGAGGAAACACAAAGUGCCGCUUGCCGGGGCUUCUAGCAGUGGAAGCAGGCAGACCGAGUGGACCUCAUACGACUCUCUGUCAUCAUCCAAUUCUGAUGAGAGCAAACUCUCUCCUGUGUUCUCCGUUAGUAGGAGUCAACCAACAUCUUUGCCAUCUGCCAAAGUGGGUCCAGUCCACGAGAGCACCCCUGCCUGUCUGAGCCUUCCUGAAGGCAAGUUGCUGCCACCCGCCUCUCCUGGGGCAGAAAGACCCAACCUGCAAGUAGAGAAGACCCUCAUGGAGACACGUUUGCGUCUAGAACAGGAGCGGCUGCUCGUGCAGCCUGUGGUAACUGAUGCACCUCGUAGGAGACUGGCUACCUUUGGAGGAAUGGGUUCCAGCAGUUCACUGUCCUCAUUUACUGGCUCGAGUGGUCAGAACCAGAUCUCACCUAAUUCGCAACUGCUCCUUAAUAAUGGACAAUAUCCUAAUGGCGAGUACAAUCCUUACUUAACUCCAUCCAUGUGCAGCUCCAUUCGUCACAGCCCCGUGAGUUCAGGCAUGGCCACACCAGUCACCAACGUAAGCCCUGUACACCUGCAGCAAAUCCGGGAGCAGAUGGUGGUCGCUCUGAAGAGGCUAAAGGAACUGGAGGAGCAGAUCAAGACUAUCCCAGUCCUGCAGGUCAAAAUAUCAGUCCUGCAGGAAGAAAAGAGACAGCUCACUGCACAGAUUAAGAACCAAAAGCUUUCCAGCCCAGGACAGGCUUCCACCUUCCGAAAGCGAGCUUACAGUGCUGGGAAUGCAGAGCAUUUUGAGCAAAUGUGCCAGGUCAGGAAGGGAUCGGAACUGCAUAUCGACUCGGAAGAUGAGCUGGAUAGAACAGAGAAAAGUUCCCAAAGACUGGAAGAGUUCAGACAACUGACUGCUGAAAUGCAAGCACUAGAAAAGAAAAUCCAGGACAAUACCUCUGAAGGAGAAUACUACUUAACCCAAAAUGUGGAGCAGAAGCAAUGUGUCAAAGAAAGGAAGUCCAUUGCUGUGGGCACUGAUGAGAACAUGAAUGACACUGUCAUUUAUCAAAAGUUGCCUAAGGAGCUUAGGGAUGUUGCUGUGGGGACAGAAGUGAAACAGAAGAGCACAGCAGUUGGUGUGACAGAGGCCAUGCUGGGUUUGACCACAGAGGUAGAGGCUGAGCUUGAGAUGCAGCAACAAACCAUUGAGUCCCUCAAAGAUAAGAUCUAUAGGCUUGAGGUACAGCUGAAGGAAUCGAUGCAUGAGAUGGAGAUGAGUAAGUUGAAACUGGAGCUGCAAGUUGCAGGAUCGCGGAAGAAGGUUGACAAAGGGUCAAUGAUUAAACCUGACAUUAGAAGUGUUGCAGUUGAAGCAACUGUUCAGAUGCAAAGCCAGGGAACCGAAAAUUAUACGGUCCCCACUGAGGAGAGUAGAGUUCCAUUGGUCCAUUCAGUAGGAGUUUCAUGCAGACCAGAAUGGCAACAUGUCGCUGUGGGUUCAGAGCUACCAAUGGAUCAAUGGAUUGUACAGAAAAGGGUUGAUGCUCAAGAUCAGUGCGUUGGAAGGCAUAUUGUCAUGUCCAGCCAGAGCUCAGGGAUGCAGCGUAGUGUUUGUGAAACAGGAACUAAUACAGAGAACUCGGUAGAUUAUUUGGGCCAUGGGAAAACUGGACUUGAUCAGAUGACGAAUAUCAGGCCAGUUGAAAGUAGGGACUGUUCUGUGGACAUGAAAAUUAGUCCUCCGGAAGGUCUUAUUUCUGUGGGAACUGUCACAACGCUGGUCAACACAGUUGAUUUUGGAAUCAUGGCUGUACCUCAGACUGCUUCACAACACACAAAUACUGUGAUUAAGGGGGUUAGCAAGUUCACCAAUACAGAAAAUCCAAUGUACAGUGAGAGUUCCACGAGCACCACUAUGGCCACCCAUGAACAACACAAAGAUACAGCACCAGUUGAGACCAAAACGGUUGCUGUGGGAGACGGCCUUGUCAAAGAUGUGGGGAUAGGAAUAAAAGUGCGCUCUGUCGCUGUGGGAACCUCAGCACCUUCGGAACCAUCUCUGGAGAAAUCACACAUAUCUAAGACCAAAGAUACUGGUGUUGGACUAACCAGCAUAAACGAAAACUUUUUGGUUGGUUUGAAAACAAGAAACAUUGCUUGUGGUCCAUCUUGCUUAUCUAGUCCAGGCAAUUUGAGGAGUAUUGGGGUUGGGGGGGACUCGGUGUCUGAGGCUGAGCUGCUGCACUCACACCCAGGGAAAUCAGCUGGACUGGACCAUUACAUUGAGCGUGUGCAGAAGCUCUUGCAGGAACAGCAGAUGCUCCUGGCAGAGAACUACAGCGAACUUGCAGACACGUUUGGGCAACCACACUCCCAGAUUAGCUCCAUCAACAGUCAGCUGGUUAGCACCUUGUCGUCUAUAAACUCAGCCAUGAAGCACGGCAGCGCUGAGCAACUCAACAGCGUUGACAUCUUCAACUUGUGUCCAGAUUCUUCUAGUGCCAUGAGAGAUGUGGGAGAUGUGAAAUUGGCCAGCAGGGUGAGAACGGAGGUCACACACAUCCCCAGCGGGACAUUCACGUGCCAGCAGACCACAGCCCUGCAGAAGUGCGUGAUGGAUGAGCAGAUGUCUUCUGCUCUGCACGGGCAGCUAUGCAGUCAGAGUACAUUGAAGUCUAUCAUAAAGAACAAGGAUGGUCAACAGUGCUCCGGUGAAACCAAAAAGAACUUGCAGUUUGUUGGUGUCAAUGGAGGGUAUGAGACGACAUCCAGUGACGAGUCCAGCUCAGACAGCAGCUCCUCUGGCUCUGAGGAGGAGGAUGAAGGGAAGGUAUACGGAGAGGAAAAAGGGAUCCAGAAAGCAGAGGGAAAGCUGGCAGAGCUCUGUACUCAGAGGGCGGGAGAAGAAAGCACAGGGGGUGAGCUGCAAGGUCUGGAGAAUCCAGACAUGCCAGAGAGACAUGAGUUAAGUGAGAAGAUGAUGGCUGCGUGUACCUCGCUGAAAAACCAUCUCGAUAAUGCAAAGGCUUUCACCAGCAAAGAAGUGAGAGCGUGCUUGAACACUGUGCAGCAGGAGUGGUUUAGGGUGUCUAGUCAGAAGCAGGCCCUCCCGACCAUGGUGGAGGCCCACCUGGUGGCUUUCCGUGCCAUUUCGCCAGCUCUGCUGCAGCACGUUGUCAAUAUGACUGAUGGCAAUGGCAACACUGCUCUGCACUACAGUGUGUCCCACUCCAACUUCGACAUCGUCAAGAAGCUCCUGGAUGCAGAUGUUUGCAACGUCGAUCAGCAGAAUAAGGCAGGCUACACUCCCAUCAUGCUUGCUGCAUUGGCUGCUGUGGAGACCCAGAAGGACAUGAGGGUUGUGGAGGAGCUCUUCGGCAAAGGCGAUGUCAACGCCAAAGCGAGCCAGGCCGGUCAGACGGCACUCAUGCUGGCGGUCAGUCACGGGAGGAUGGACAUGGUGAAGGCUCUCCUGGCAUGUGGGGCAGAUGUCAACAUCCAGGAUGAUGAGGGCUCCACAGCGCUGAUGUGCGCCAGUGAGCAUGGCCACGCGGAGAUCGUCAAGCUGCUCCUGGCCCAGCCCGGGUGCGAUGCAACCCUUAGUGACAAUGAUGAGAGCAAUGCCCUGUCCAUUGCUCUGGAAGCUGGACAUAAGGACAUCGCUGUUCUGCUGUACGCUCACGUCAACUUCUCUAAAGCUCAGUCUCCGGGGACCCCUCGCCUUGGGAGGAAGACCUCGCCGAGCCCCACUCGGAGGAGUGUGUUUCAUUAGGGGGUGUGCACUGGACUCUGUUGCCUGCCUCCUUCCAGGCCCCCAUGCUGCUAUUGCUUCAUAUUCAGGGGCACCAGGAGUCAUUUUCCCAUGGGAAGUGUUUGGUUGAAGUGAAGUGUGUGAAUGAGCCAAGCCUCCAUCAUGCUGAGUAAAGGCCCCCCAGCAGCUGGCUUUGUGCUAUUAUACAUUUUUCUUUUUCCUUUCUUUCUUUUUUUAAAAAACAGCAUAUUUUCUUGCAGUAGUAAUUAAACUGCUAAUAUGGAAGCAUGUUGGAGGAUCACAUUUAUGAUAAAUUUUCAGUAUAGAUCCAUAAAA